ACUGGAUAUCUCCGGAGUUCAUUCUGGAACAUGGCGUUUUAGCUAUGAAAUCAUUUCCUGGCUCACAUUCUGGUAUCAAUAUUGCAAAAGAACUCAAUGCUAUUACAGAAAGAUGGAAUAUUCCUCAAUCCAAGCUCCAUUUACUUGUCCAUGAUAGUGGCUCUAAUAUGAUAAAAGGUGUGCGGGAUGCAGGAUAUGAUUCAGGCAGGUGCUUUAUUCAUUCACUACAACGAGCUAUAGAUCAGUCGCUACAAUCUCAACCAGAAGUACAACAGAUGAUAGCUGCUGCGAGACGAAUUGUUACCCAUUUUAAUCAUUCUGGCUUAGCAGAGCAGAAACUUAAAUCUAUUCAAGAAGAACUUAACUUGCCAAACCACCAACUAGUACAAGAUGUGAGCACACGCUGGAAUUCUACAUAUUAUUUAAUGGAGCGAUUAUUAGAACAAAAGCGAGUUGUUUCCUUGUACAUAACAGAUCAUGAAACUUUAAUAAAUCUGACACAUGCUCAAUGGGAACUAUUGGAACAAUGUAUCAAACUCCUCAAACCAUUCGAAGAAAUAACAAAAAUAACUAGCUCAGGUAUCUCUUACAUCUCUGAAGUAAUUCCACAUUCAGUAACUUUAUUAAAAUAUCUGGGAAAGGUAGAGACAGCCGAGAAAGUACCUAAUUUAGUCACGAUGAGAUCCUCACUGCAGGCCGAGCUAGAAAGGCGAUUCAGCUUCGAUGAUAAAAACAAAUAUCUGGUUGCUACUUUUCUGGAUCCUCGCUUUAAAAGUUUUCUAGGAUUGGUUCAAACAGAAAGAGCAAAACAAAAAAAUUCUUCUAGAAGCUCUAAAAAAAGUUGUGAUGAACCAAGUAGUACCGAUAAAAAUGAUAAGACUGUUGAAAAUGUUGAAAAUGAAAUACACGACAGUUUCUGGAACUGCUUUGAAGAAGUCGCUACAGAUAAUAUGCGAAAUGCUUAUGAUGUGGAGGACGUGGAGAAGAAUGCUGUGGCAAACGAGUUGGAUUUUUAUUUGAAAACAGUUCGCCUAGAUCGGAAGGCCGAUCCUUACAAGUGGUGGUCGGCAAACGAAAAACAAUACCCAAACCUUUCGAAAUUUGCUAAAGUUUAUCUUUCUUCGCCUGGAAGUAGCGUUUAUAGUGAGAGGUUAUUUUCCGAGGCUGGUAACGUUUACGAUGAAAAGCUCAAUCGUUUGCUACCAAAAAAUGCUGAAAAGCUAGUUUUUAUUCAUCACAACUUAAUAAUGUAA